AUGGGUUUCAUUGGGUUAGGAGGGGAGCACACUAGUGCGAGGGUGCACAGGGUUGCUGACGUCGAUCUGUGUGUUCUUCCCUCGCCUUACACGGGUGUCAAUGAACGCACCUUCCUUGCCAUCAAACCCGACGGGGUGCAGCGGCAUCUGGUGGGUGAGAUCAUCAAGCGCUUUGAGAGGAAGGGCUUCAAACUAGUGGCCAUGAAGCUCAUGCAGGUAUGGCAAGGACUAGAUGUGGUGAAAACCGCUCGCAUGAUGAUCGGAGAAACCAACCCUGCCGAUUCCAAGCCCGGAACUAUCCGAGGAGACUUCUGCAUUGACGUCGGCAAGAACGUGGUCCACGGCAGCGAUUCGGUGGAGAGUGCCCAGCGCGAGAUUGGCCUCUGGUUCCGCAAAGAUGAAAUGACCUGCUGGGAGGACAGCACAGACCACUGGAUCUACGAGUAGGAAGGGGGAAUCUCCGGAGCGCUGCCCCUUCCGCCGUUUGCUCAGAGUGACUGGAACAGAGGGGAAAGGGGAGAGGAUGCUGGAUCUGGAAGCACAGAUCUCAGCCCGCUGCAACAAACACUUGAUUCCCUCCCCAUCAUAGCAUAGCUUUUUGAUGCAACACUUGAGUGGGAUCCCGCUGCU